AUGUUAGUCGGCCCACUGACAAUUGCUUCCGACAAAGAAGACUUCGAUGAUAAUGAUGAUGAUGAUACUAUUAAUAAUGGUGAUGAUGAGUCUAUUCGGCCGGUCUCUUCCCUUUCUCCCUCUUUUCCCUCUUGCUCACACUCGUUUUGGUUUCCUCCCUCUCCCCCUCCUCUUCUUCCACAUCAUCAACAACAACAACAUCAUCAUUACCGGCCUGAUGAGUUGAACCCCUCGACUCUCGUGCUUGACCCAAGCUCCUGUUUCUGUUGA